GGCGUUACGAAACGUGCAUAUGUUUACACGGGGUUUACACAAUGGUUUACACAAUUAAUGCGCUGCACUCGCUUCCUCUUCCAGCGGGAUUACCUGGAUGGAAAGGUCUGCUCUUUUUCCAACAUUGUUUGCUUGGAGCACAUCAAUCCUGUGAUCACGGAUGCAGCAGACCCUCAUUGAUGUGAGCAUGGAGAAGAUUCAAGCAGACAUCAGUGACUGCAUCCAGGCAGCUACUGUCAAGAGAAUUCGGCAGUAUGAACAACUUAGAGGCAAGAAGGUUGGUGAGUUUCCAUUCUGGGACAUUGUGGUGAUUGGUGCCAUGGAUAACAGCCAGAAGAUGGCCUAUGAGAUGCAGCUGGAGGAGAAACUGGUCCAGGAGCAACUGCCGCUGGGUGUGGACUAUUGUGUGGUUGCUGACCCGGGCACGGAGAGGAUAGGUGGUGGUGGAUCCAUGAUGGCCAUUCUUGCAUGUCUUAAACAGACCUAUCAGGAGGAGCUGAAGACAAAGAAAGUCUUGAUCAUACCAGCUGGAGGGUACAGCCAGCGCCUGCCACAUGCCAGUGUCCUGGGCAAGAUGUUCCUCAGCAUGCCCAUUGGUGACCCCCUCUACCAGAUGUUUGACCUCAAACUAGCGCUCUCCAUUGACUUCCCGGCAAAGAUGUCAGCGGGGAUAUUCCUGGCAGCAUCUGACUGCUUUGAGCUGUACGCUGAUGAAGAUUCUCCUAGCUGGUCCUUCAAUGUGCAAGGAGUGACAGCUCUUGGGCAUCCGUCACCUGUCAGUGUUGGCACUGGGCAUGGGGUAUUUGCAGUCCAGUCAGGGCAAACUGGUAGUACGUUGGUGGAAGUUGUGGCCGCAGAGGAGUUCCUGCACAAGCCAACUGUGGAAGCCAUGGGCAAGAAGAAGGCCAUCUUGGACAAAGGUUUCUGCUCCAGCAUCGGUGAAGAGGGAGAGAUGGUCCUGACCGACAGUAGCUACUACAUGGACUUCCCCACAGCCUUGAAACUGCUUGAGUUGUACAAUGACGAGUCACCACUACGCUGUGAGAUCGACUGCCAUGGGGAUUUCAUGCAGCCCCUUGGUCCUCGCGCCACUUCCGAAUACAUAAACAACAUCUCCAAUAUCAGCAGAGUUACUCCAAGCCUGCUGAGUAUGCGGCAGAAGAUCUUUGAGGUUCUCAAGGGGACCCCUCUCAAUGUUGCCGUCAUGAAACACUCUCGUUUCUACCACAUGGGCACCAUCAAUGAAUACCUUGACCACAUAUGCAACAUGACGCCUCUAGCGAAGGAACUGGGUCUGAAGAUGUACAAGGCGGACGACUCAGAUGACAACACUGCAGACGCAUCAUCCAAGCAGGGUUCAAGAAAACGGCCAGCGUCAGCCUGUGUCAUGAAUUCCAUCUGCCCAAAGAAGUUCAAAGUUGAUGAAAGGAGCUUGGUAGAGCACUGCGACUUCCAAACGCCAGUGAGGGUUCACAGCGACAGUAUCGUCAGCUGUUGCCGUGUAGGAACCCUGCCUGAUGGGAAAUCAGUCACCAUCUCACAGGGUACCUUCCUGCACACUGCUUGUAUAUCUGAUGGCAAAUGCAAGAGGCAGUAUGUCACAGUCGCCUUUGGCACCCAGGAUGACUUAAAGAAAGUGUGCAAUAUUGAAGAGCUGUCCAUAUUUGGUAAAUCCCUAAAGGAUCUCUGCGGGACUGCUCUGGACAUUGCAGAGAGGCUUCUUCCAGAUGGAUCCACUCAGAGCUUGUGGUAUGCCAAGCUGUUCCAGCCGGCUGACAAGAUGGAGGAAGCCUUCCACUGUACCAUGAGUCUGAUGGAGACGCUACUGGGUGAGGCUCCAUGGCAACCAUCUCCAUCUGAAUGGAAGGGUCGAUUGUCAAUGGCUGACCUCAUCCAGUCAAAGGACAUCUUGAGUAUGCUUGAAUUCAGGCGCACAUUGGCAGAAAAAUGAAGGACAGUUCUGACCAUUGAAAUAAAAUUGGCUUGGCAUGAUGUACAUGAAUAUAAUUUAUAUGUAUGCUUAACCCUUAAAUUAAGUAUAUGAAAUAAGACUACAGUAACUGCUUGCAGCAAAAUGCUUCCAAUUCUAUAUUCUUAGCCAAUCCUUGAUUCGCUCAGAAACAAAGACCGGAUACAGUGCUAUAUAAAAAAAAUUGCCUCUGAAGAAGUCUUUGCUAAAGACGAAAUAUAUCAGGCCUCUCUAACUUUUUGAUUUGUACAGUGUACAUAGAUAUUUCAGGUCAAUCCAGACAAUGAGCAGUUUGCAGCAGCUUAAUUAUUUUUCAUUUUAUUAAAUAAUAAACAGUGUAUAUUUUAUUUAUUUAUAAGGAAGAAAACUUCGUCACAACACGGCUGAAAUCCAAAUAUUUAUUUGAAAGGAAAAACUGUCAUUGAUUGGAGCAGUUUUAAUUCUUGUGUGUUGUAUUUCUUAUGUUGUUAAAGUGAUGAAUGUCCUCUCUCUACUGUUUCAACAUCAGCUUCAUUUGAUCCGGGUUGUAGUGCAAACACCCACUUUCUGCACCGAUGAUGAAUGAGGGUAGAUUUUUGCUGUGGCAAUUGUUACUCCUGCAGUAGUAAAAUUUGUUGAAGCAAACAUGUGGCCAAGCUUAUUAUAUAUUGGUUAAAUGUGAAGUAAACACUGACCUUUUCAUAGCUUAUUGUUGUGUAAUAAAGAAAACUCAAGUUGGCACUGGGUAGUAGUGUGAUCAGCCCAAAACACAUCACUUAUUUUUCUGUGCAUGCCUAACCUUGUAUUAUAAUAAUGAUUAUUGAGGAAAGCAGGCAGGGGUGAAAACUCCCAUUGACUAUCAUGAUGUUGCACAAAAUGUCUAUAUUCAUUGCAAAAAGCAAAGUCUACACCUAGUGACUUAAAAUACACCAAGUAUGUUU